AAAUGGUGCCGUACUUACGAAAACACGGCGUGACGGUAGUGGCAUUUCGUCGGUUGCCCGCUUCGUGCACAACGCGCAGCAGCUGAUGUGUAAAAAUGGCCGCUAGCACCGAUGUAAACGAUACAAAGUGAGGAUACGACGGAGCAUUUGCUGUCGCGCGAUUAGCAUGAAGGUGAGAGCGCUGAAUUCAUGGUUUCCGACGUAUCGCGAAGAUUCGCCGAGUGCAUCAAAUUGUUCGUCUCCUUUCCGUCAUGUAGCGUGAUCGCAGAUAAGAAACCAUCCGAUUACGGCAGCCGCUCGUUGACGAUUCGUCGAUGCCGUUACGUCCGCUUCGUGAGGAAAACGGCGAGAUGAACGUAGCAAGAAGUACAGCGCAGCGGAUAACAGCGGUGAUUACUUUUUCUUCGAUGAUACCUGUCGUACCGACGAGCUGUAGAUCUCUCAGGUAUCACAGGCGCAUGUAUCAUUGAAGUUGGAAAUUCCCGGAUCAGUGGUCAUUCAACAGCUGUUAGCAAUAUAAUGGCUUACGACCCACGUAACAUAAAGUAUUCGCCAAAUACUCACGCCAAUCAGCACACUAGGCCCAACAUGACCGGAUACGCGUAUUCUGGCCAUCCACCACAGCAUUUUCAGCAAACUGAUGAGAAUAGAAAUGAGAAUAACUUGUGUGGCACUAAAGAGAUCUGCUCGCAGAUCUCGCAGCAAUCGUCCAGCACUCAGACUGUACAGAAAGUGGAUGCUGCGACAAUGACAGAUCCUCUACAGAUCGAUUUUAGACUCACUUCUGAAUACUUGGCACGUUGUUCUAGUACGUUAGGUCUACCAUAUGUAACUAAAUACGAGGACAACAGCAAUAAUUCUACACACAACUGUCAAGAGAUCAGACCAAAAAUUGAAUUUGAGAUUGAACCGCAACAUAUUAAUGGUAUGUUGAUUUACCAUUGCCCCGAAUGUGCAUAUAGAUUUGAAGAUCGAGAAGCACUUCACGAACAUCUUGAAGAUCAUAAACAGAGACCACAUAUUUGUGAUAUUUGUGGGGCAAGUUUGAAACGAAAGGAGCAUUUAGAUCGUCAUAAGCAAGGUCACAAUAAGGACAGGCCUUAUCAAUGUAAUAUGUGUUGUAAAUCAUUCAAACGUAAUGAACACUUAGCGCGUCACAUGAUUACUCACUCAGGUAGCAAAAAUCAAAUUUGUACAGAGUGCGGUAAAGCCUUUUAUAGGAAAGAUCACUUAAAGAAACAUUUGCAAAGUCAUAAUAGCGGUCGAGGUAAGCAUUUAAAUGGCUCACAAAACAAUCAGAACGACCAGCAGCCGAACGACGAAGGGCUGAGUAGUUUUGCAAUGAUGAUGAGACAAGCUGGGCCUCCCCCCUUUUCUAUUUUACGGACUUAGUUAUUACGCUAUGACGACACUGUAACAUAAAUCCUUGUCUGCGUCUACGAGCGAGAUUAAUUAUUUGGACAAGUUAGGUCCAUAAGAUUUAAUACGAAUGAGCUUUAUCUAAUAUACCUUUGCGGAUUAAUCGAGAAUCAUUGUUAAGAACCCAUGUUCCUAAGGGAGUAUAUCUUAUUGCUAUGUAUUUUGUCAACAAGUAGGCGUGUCGAGGAAUAAUGUUAUCAAUUUUAUAAUAUUCUUUAUAAUACACUACGUGUAGAAGGUUAUCUAUAUAUUAAGGCUGUACCUGUUUGGGUUUUUUUGAAACUUGAAUGAAUUUGCGUUAAAUAUGUAUAGUUUUACGUAGUUUUAAUUAUUUACAUUUUCUAAUGCGCAUAGACUCGUAUAAUAAACAUACGUGUACAAGCAAAAGAGCCUCUGUAAAUCGCGCAUAUCUAAUGAAAUCUGAGGUAAAAAAAUUAUAACAAAACGAAAUGUAGCUCUCCCCCAACUGGACUUAAAAAAAGCUUAAAUAUUUAGAUCAAUAUAUACUACAUUCAAUAUGACAUGAGCAUGUGUGGAUAUAUAUGCACGAAAUGAUCGUUAAUUGUUUACAUAGCGAUGUUGAGUAAUGACUGAUAAAAUUGUCUAUCUUAUUAAUUGUACAGUGUACAGUCAAAAUAAUACACAAUUUCCGUUUUAUUUCAAAAUAUAUUAGUACCCUAUACAUAUAUAUAUAUAUAUAUAUAUA